CAGAAUCAAGCUUCUGAAGCUGAAGGAGCCUGAAACGGAGGCUAAUCCCCGCCCCAAAUUUUAUCGAUGAAGACACCCAGCCCACACAGCUAACGUGACUGUCCAAGGCCACCCAGGCAGGAUGUAGCAGAGCCAGGCUUAGAACCCGUUGUCUGGCCCCUCGCUCUGCUGUCCAGCACCGGCAUCAGGCCGCAGCCCUUCGCCAGCUGGAUGAAAUGCUCCUGGGUAUUGGAUUAAUGAGCGUUCCCUUUGUAAGGCGCUUCCGAGGCAGGGCCAUGCUCACGUUCAUGGCCUCUGACAGCGAGGAGGACGUGUGUGACGAGAGGGCGUCCCUGAUGUCAGCCGAGAGCCCCCCGCCGCGUUGCUGCCAGGAGGGCAGGCAGGGCCUGGAGGACGGAGCCGGUGCUGAGCCGUGGAGAGGCCAGGACAGUGAGGACGACUUUGACGAGGACCCUGACCACUACGUCUGCGGUGGGGUCCCUGGGCAGCCGUCGGGCCUGGAGGAGGAACUGACCCUCAAAUACGGGGCGAAGCACGUGAUCAUGCUGUUCGUGCCCGUGACGCUGUGCAUGAUCGUGGUGGUGGCCACCAUCAAGUCCGUGCGCUUCUACACAGAGAAGAACGGACAGCUGCCCUAUGGAGCAGGCAGGGAGCAGAGUCUGCAGCCCGCCGUCUCCCUCAGCAUCUACACACCAUUCACCGAGGACACGCCCUCUGUGGGCCAGCGCCUCCUCAACUCCGUGCUCAACACCCUCAUCAUGAUCAGCGUCAUUGUGGCCAUGACCAUCUUCUUGGUCGUGCUCUACAAAUACCGCUGCUACAAGUUUAUCCACGGCUGGUUGAUCAUGUCGUCGCUGAUGUUGCUGUUUCUCUUCACCUACAUCUACCUCGGGGAAGUGCUCAAGACCUACAACGUGGCCAUGGACUACCCCACGCUCUUCCUGACCGUCUGGAACUUCGGGGCGGUGGGCAUGGUGUGUAUCCACUGGAAGGGCCCCCUGGUCCUGCAGCAGGCCUACCUCAUCAUGAUCAGCGCCCUCAUGGCCCUGGUGUUCAUCAAGUACCUUCCGGAGUGGUCUGCGUGGGUCAUUCUGGGCGCCAUCUCUGUGUACGAUCUCGUGGCUGUGCUGUGCCCCAAGGGGCCACUGAGGAUGCUGGUGGAAACGGCGCAGGAGAGGAACGAGCCCAUAUUUCCUGCCCUGAUUUACUCCUCCGCCAUGGUGUGGACGGUGGGCAUGGCCAAGCUGGACCCCUCCUCCCAGGGAGCCCUUCAGCUGCCCUACGACCCGGAGAUGGAGGAAGACUCCUAUGACAGUUUCGGGGAACCCUCCUACCCUGAAGUCUUUGAGCCCCCGCUGCCUGGUUACCCCGGGGACGACCUGGAGGAAGAGGAGGAAAGGGGCGUGAAACUCGGCCUGGGGGACUUCAUCUUCUACAGCGUGCUGGUGGGCAAGGCGGCGGCCACGGGCAGCGGGGACUGGAACACCACGCUGGCGUGCUUUGUGGCUGUCCUCAUUGGUCUGUGUCUGACCCUCCUGCUGCUGGCCGUGUUCAAGAAGGCGCUGCCCGCCCUCCCCAUCUCCAUCACGUUCGGCCUCAUCUUUUACUUCUCCACGGACAACCUGCGAGAAACAAAGAGAAGGAAGUGUCAUGUUUACCCGGCCAAGAGGAAGAAGCAGGUUUUUGGUGCUAGUUGUUUGGUCGCUGGAGCGCGGCUCACGGAACCGAGGACGAGGAAGGUGUGGCGAGGCCACCUGGCCCGGCGCCACAGCCCGGGGUGACCUGCGGGCCAAGGCGAAGGAAGGGACCAGGAGUCCGUGCUGGCCGUGGCGCCGGGCUCCUGCCCACCGUGGCCGCAGUAGGACGCCGGCGUGCCCUGCACGGAAUGUCCCCAGUGCUUCUGUCUGUGACGUCAUUGUUAUUUUAUCACCUUUCCAAGCCGAGUCCUGUUCUCCUGCUGGCAGUUGCUGCUGUGAAGUGGCUUCAUAUUAAAAUCAGUAAAUAAGUGAAUUCCACCGGA